CAAUUCGCCGCGAACGCCUACAAUACGUAAUACGCAAUAAAAAAACGAAAUUAAAAAUUAGAAAUUAUCAAAAAGUAAGCAAGCGAAGAUUGGUGUGAAUUUGUGCGAAUUGCACAAUUGUAGCGUAUACUUUUUUGCUGCUGCUCUGUACAACAACAAAAAGUCGGCAAAAAAAAUUAUACAAAAAUUGAAGCAGUGAAGUUGAGCAUUGGCUGCUGGUGUUUAGCUUUUAAGGAGUGCGGUGCAGCGUGUUAGUAAGGAAUUAUCGCGUACGCAUACGGGAGCAGCCGCGAAGUCAAGUUUGUGUCUCUGUGUGUGCAUUUAAAGUAAAGUAGUUGGUGUUGCAUUGUUGUUAUUGUGUCAUAGCCAGCGCUAGCUAGAUUGGUACUGCUCCCUAUAUACUGUAUGUAUGUGUGCAUGCACCCCUCCCACAGCCACUAGCUCGCAAUCACUUACUCACUUACAGCCGUCUAUGUGCGCUUGCAGCUGUGUGUAUAUGCGAGUCAAGUCUCCGGCGGUGGCGCGGACGUCAGACGUCCGUACGAUAACUAGUUGUGUGACCGCUGCUGCUUCAGCUACAGCUGCAAGAUAUUUUUUGAAUUGUACUGCAAUUUGCAAUGCCAUGCUGGAGCUUUCGCAGCGGUGUGUGCGGCAUUAAAGUGUUCCUAUAUAGAAUAAUUGUGUGCUAAUAAAUCCGCUAAAAAAGAAAAACAGAAGAAGAAGAAGCAGUGAAAAUAACGCGUAUCGCACGAAACGAGGCGGUCAGUGUACAGUGCGCUCAUGAUAUUCAUCCGCCGCGGUGUACCAUACAUGAAAAUAUAUAUGUAUAUAUCUGUAUAUAUAUGCAUAAUUCGUAUAAGAAAUCGGUGUGUAGUGUAUAGUUAUAGCAGCAAGCGACAAGGAACGCUUGAGUGCGUGUGAAAUAGUGCAAGUUCAGGUACAAUACAAACAAACAUAUGUACAUAAUAUUAGAGAAGAAUAAAAGGAAGUGUCUACAACUGUUGGAACAGAUGUGUAACCGCUGUAUGCCUGCUUGCAGACAGUCGCCUAGGUGUAACCAAGUAACCAGCACGUUUGGUAGUGUUCUCAAGCGGCGCGACGCAGCAACAGCGCAUCAGUAUAAGCAACAACAACAACAAUAAAAACGACAAGUUACAAGUGAAAGGAAGAACAGCUUUGCUGAACUCUUAUGUACCUGCGACUUAACAAAUUUACAUGUAACAACAAAACUAAGUUUUACAAAUUCAAUAUAAGUGUUUCGAGCGCUUCGUCCUGAAAUGGACGGCUACAAUGUUCCAAUGUUGUCCGAUAGUGGCUAUAGUAGUAGUAAUAAUAAUAACAACAACAAUAUACAAACCCACACACAUCAUCACAAAGAUCAAAUGCUUAGCGCUGGCAGCGCACCUGCCACGCCCUACAUCUACGAACUACCCGGCAGCCAUACGAAAACCGCCAGCCAUCAACUAGUGGGCAAUCUGAAGACGACCAGCAACGACUAUGCCACCUUCACCAAUUGCAUACAACAAUCAGCGCUGCUCGAUCAGCGCACCGUGGAUGCGACCAAUAUCGUGGACGCAGUAUCGCUAGGCAGCAUUUGUGACCUGAGAUUCCCCAACUCACCGACGGCGGAUAGCAGUAGUUUUAAGAAUAUCUCACUCAUAAAUAUCGAGGCUAAUCAUGUGUUGGUGCCAGCGAAAAGCAUCGCCACAACGGAUUUGAUUAACGACGGCCAUGGCGUUGAGGCGACCUUUUCGAAUAUUUUAUAUGCCAAGGACGAUAUAGUUAUAGAGGCGAAGGAUAUGCCGCGCAGCGACGCCGCGCAGGUGACCCACGUGACGCACUACUUACCCCUGAAAGUUAAUAACAGCAACAACAAUGUUGUUGAGCAGAAAUUUCCAAAGGCCACAGUCACGGUCACGGCUGUAGCUGCAACUGUGCCGACUGCAGGCACUACAACUACCGUUGUUGCGCCAGCGAUAGCGGUGAGUGUGCCCAAUUCCAGUGCGAUGACUGCCAUGCCGUAUCAAACGACGGCCGGAGGUGCGAGCGGGAGUGCUGGCGGCGGUGGUGGGGGUGGCCGAAGUAGGAGCAAUAGAGGCGGCCGUGGUGCGAGAGGACAUGCCAAUAGCAGAAAUGGCCGUGCAGCUACAAAUCGCCAGCAACAACAACAACAGCAACUGCAGUUGCAGUCACCGCCAGCAGCGGCUCUUGGCAGCCCAAGUGUUGCGUCAGCGAGCAGCGACUAUUUGACUACGAAUACUGGGAAUAAUUUCAAUGUUACGGUAGUUAAUAACCAGGUCAAUAGUAAUCAUCACAACCAUACAACGGAUAAUCAAAUUACAACAACAACAGCAACAACGUCCACAAUUAUAGCCACAAACACUGCCAACAGUAAGGUCAUCACACAAAGCAUUAGUAAUUUCGUCAGCAACAACAAUCACAGCCAGAAUACGAGCGCCAGUAAUGGUAUUGGUAUUGGUAUUGGUAAUGGUAUUGGUAUUGGUAAUGGUAUUGGUUCUGAUAAUGGUAAUUGUAUUGUUACUGAUAAUGCUAACGCUAAUAGUAACAACACCAGUAAUACCAACAACAACAAUAGUUGUAACAACAAUGUACAAAAUAUGAACAGUAUUGCAACAAUAAGCCAAAACCGUGCAACAGUUUUGCAAAACGUUGAAGAGGUGACUAUAGCCAAUUCACCCGCUCAACGGCCAGGCGCAGUAAUUGUAACCACAUGUGUUCCCGAAGGCAGCUGCAAUAGCAAUAGUAGUAGUGUCAAUGUAAAUUUAAAUAAUACCACAAACAACAACAACAGCAGCAACAACACCCAUAAGACUGUUGGCAGUAGUACAAUGUCACCGAGUUCCAUGGAUAUUUUAACAGAAUCGGAGCAUCAGCAAUCACAACAACAGCAGCAUCAGCAGCAACAACUAUUGCACUCAUCAAGUGUUGAUUGUGAUUCAUUAUCCUCCAUGGAUGAUCUGUUGGAUGAUCAGGAGAUCAGUGAAGCCAGCUUCGGUUAUCAAGACAAUACGUCAUCGCAUUCGCAACAGAGCGUUAGCGGUGGUGGUGGCGCUGGCGGCGGCGGUGGCGGUGGCAGCAGCACCAGCAGUAAUGCCACCAAUGUUGUGCUGCUCAAUGGCAGCAAUCCGAAUGCUGCUGGCGGUUAUAUGACACUCCUGCCACCGGCCACAUCGAGUGGCCAUAUGGGCAUGUCGUCGGGCGGCACUAGCGCUAGCGCUGGUGGCUCCGGUGAGGGUAUCGAUUUCAAGCAUUUGUUUGAGGAAUUGUGCCCCGUUUGUGGUGAUAAAGUCAGUGGCUAUCAUUAUGGCCUACUGACGUGUGAGUCGUGUAAAGGUUUCUUCAAGCGCACCGUGCAGAAUAAGAAGGUGUACACGUGCGUCGCCGAGCGUUCGUGUCACAUUGAUAAGACGCAACGCAAACGCUGUCCCUACUGUAGAUUCCAGAAGUGUUUGGAGGUUGGCAUGAAACUUGAAGCCGUGCGAGCGGAUCGAAUGCGUGGUGGACGCAACAAAUUCGGACCAAUGUACAAACGUGAUCGGGCGCGAAAACUGCAAGUCAUGCGGCAGCGACAACUCGCGCUGCAGGCGCUGCGCACAUCCAUUGGUUCCGUGGAUAUGAAGUCGUCGCCACUCUCGCCAGGAUACCAGCAAUCAUAUCCGAAUAUGAAUAUAAAGCAAGAAAUUCAAAUACCUCAGGUGUCCUCACUCACACAAUCACCAGAUUCAUCGCCCAGUCCCAUCGCCAUCGCGCUCGGACAGGUCAACACAAGCGGUGGUGUGAUAUCGACGCCAAUGAAUGGCGGCAAUGGCAGCGGCGGCGGCGGUGGCGGUGGUGGUAGUGCUGGUGGUGGCGGCGGCGGUGGUAGCGGCAAUGGCGGCAACGCCGGCAACAACAACAACAGCAGCAAUAACACCAGCGAUGGACUCAACCGCAGUGGCAAUAGCAGUUGCCAUGACACUUCAACUGGAUCUCUGCAGAAUACGUCCGAGUCGAAAAUGUGUUACGAUUCUGGCACGCAUCCUUCAAGCACAGCUGACUCCAUCAUCGAGCCGCUCAGGGUGUCACCAAUGAUACGUGAUUUCGUGCAAUCGAUAGACGAUCGAGAAUGGCAAACACAGCUCUUUGCGCUGCUACAAAAACAAACCUACAAUCAAGUGGAAGUUGAUCUCUUCGAGCUGAUGUGCAAAGUGUUGGAUCAGAAUCUGUUCUCACAAGUGGAUUGGGCUAGAAACACAGUCUUCUUCAAGGAUCUUAAGGUUGAUGACCAAAUGAAAUUGCUACAGCAUUCCUGGUCCGAUAUGCUUGUGCUCGAUCAUUUGCAUCAGCGAAUACACAACGGUCUACCCGAUGAGACGCAAUUGAAUAACGGACAAGUAUUCAAUCUGCUGUGGUUGGGCCUACUCGGUGUACCACAAUUGGCUGACUAUUUCAAUGAGCUGCAAAAUCGUCUGCAAGACCUCAAAUUCGACAUGGGCGAUUAUGUGUGUAUGAAAUUCCUAAUACUACUCAAUCCAGAUGUACGUGGUAUUGUCAAUAAGAAGACAGUGUUGGAGGGUCAAGAGAAUGUACAAGCAGCGCUACUGGAUUACACGCUGACCUGUUAUCCAUCAGUGACGGAUAAAUUCCGACGGCUACUCAGCAUACUGCCCGAUAUACAUGCGAUGGCUUCGCGAGGCGAAGAUCAUCUCUAUUCGAAACACUGCGCCGGUAGUGCGCCCACACAGACGCUACUCAUGGAAAUGUUGCAUGCCAAACGGAAAGUAUAAAUCCGCUAGGCCUACACACAUAACUGUACACAUGUAAAGGAUUGUUCAAUAUAGAUAUAUAGAGAUACGAUUAAUGUAUGUUAGUGGACGACGAAAGCGCUUCAAAUGCGGCAGGCGGCAAUUUCGUUUGGUUGUCGAAUGACGCGGAAUAAAAUCCAGGGUUGGUUUUUAGGUUUUAAAACAUAAGUAAUAAAACAAAAACAAAAAACAGAAACAGAAACAUUUAACAUUUAAUAAGAAAACAAAAACAAAAGCAAAAGCAAAAAUUGGUAAUACAUACAUAUAUAUUUACAAGCAUAGCGAGUACUUUAGUAGCACUUGGAUUUUACGUUAUUCCCAUUCACCAAUGCAAUACAACUGCAGAAUUUAAAAAUAAAAAAAAUACAAAAACAAAAAUAAUACAAAAACAAAAAAACAGAAACAGUAAAAAGAAACGUAGAACGAACGAGUAUAUAUGUAUGUCAUGUUUAAUGUUAAGGCAGAGCAAGAUAAAUAAUAUAUUUUUCAAAUGGAUAUAUAUGUAUAUUGAUAUAGCUUAAGCGUUUAUUCAUAUUAAAAAUAUUAAAUGAUAUAUACUGUAUACUAAAUAUAUAUAUACACACACACACGCAGCCACAUACACAUUUAUAGGUGUGUGUGUGUGUGUAUUGUUUAAAUGUAUGUGUAAUUGUAUUAUAAGCAAAUGUAACGGAGAAGCAACACAGCAAACAAUGUGUUCGAAAAUUAACUUUUAAAUUGUUAAGCAUUCAAAAUCGUACGUAUACUUCUAUGCCUAAAUUUAGUACAACAAACAACAAGUAAUGUAUCUGUAAACAAAACCCCUUAUUAAUAAUUAAUUAGAAAAACUAAAACUAAAAAGAGGAGAAAAUUAAAAAACAAAAACAAAUUUAAGCAAAAUGCUAAAAGCAAAAAGCAAAUUAAAAAUCGAAUCGCAAAACAAUGCUAAAACGACGGACGGACGGAAUGCUGUGCGUACAAUGUGUGUAUGUGUGCAGUGAAAUUGUAAUUUUUUAUUAUUUGUUAUUGUAAUAUUUUAGUAAGCCACAUAUACUAUAUAAUUGAGUAGACGUUUAUGAUUUUUAUUACAAAAGUGUUUCGACAAGCAGUUAAUUAUUUUUAAAAUUUUUAUCUGACCUAAGAAUAAAGUUUAUAAGGAAAAUAAGAAACAAAACUAUAAAGAAAAUUUCAUUAUUCAUUAAUUUUUUUUUUGUGUGGUUAUUGUUAGAGGCUUUGAGAUACAGCAAUCACGAAAGCCUAAUGGUUGUUUAAGCAGAUAGCUGGCAUUCUUGAACCGAGAAAUGUUUGUUGCUAUCUCUAUUACAUUUUAAAAUUCGUAAAAGCAUUUUUGGAGGUUGCAAUGAAAAAAAAUGUGUAUAUAUACAUAUAUUGAACAUAAUGUAAUUGUAAAUAUAAAAACAUUCUAAUGGCUUUUCUAAAUUUUUUCUCACUGUUUUAAACAACAAACACAUUGUUUAUAUACUUUAUAACUAUUAUUUUUUGUUUAAAGUUAGACUUAUAAUUUGCUUUUAAUGUACUUUAUUUGUUAAUUUUUGUUUAUUUCUAAUUAAUUUAUUUUUUUUUAUUUUAUAUUUAUUAUAAUUUUUUCAUUUCAAGAUUUUUAGUUUUUCUUUUAAUUUACUUUAUUGUUUCAUUUUUUGUUUGUUUAUUUUUUUCUUUGGUUUGUUAUUAUUUUUUGUGAUUUGUUGAGUUUAAAUAAACCUUGACCAAUAAAAUUGCUAAAUAUUCAUAUGCUGGACAAAAAUGUAGCCCUCAGAAUAUUAAAGAAAGAGAUAAGGCAUUUUAAAAAUAAUUCUACAAAAUUGUUAAAAAUACACAUCAAUUUGAUGCUUUUUCAAAUGUUUUUUGGGGUUAUAAAAACAACAAUAAUUUUUUCGUACAAAUAUUUGAGCAAAAAAAAAAACAGAAUUAAUUGAUCUUCAAUGUUACAAUUUUGUAGCAGAAAAUACUGAAAUUUUGAAGCAUAUUUUUGUGAGGAAAAAAACCAUUUAGGUUUCCUGUUUUGUGUUUGAUUUUGACGAAUUCCUUUGUUUGAAAAAUAUUGUAUUCUUAAUAAAAAUUUAUAACAUAUCUCCCUAAGUUCACAAAAAUCCUUUGCGACCAAAAACAUGUAAAAAUUUGUAGACAAGAAAGAAAUUUUAUAAAAAAAAAACAAAUUCAAAACAAUUAUUAAAGUGAACUUAUUAAAUUUUAAUUUAUUAAAAAAACUAAAUUUUUAUUUUAUAAAAUUUAAAAUUUUUAAUAAUUUUUUUAUUUUAUUUUUAACAAAAAAAAUUUGCUCACAUACAUAAAUAAUCUUCAAAACAAUUAUUAAACUAAAUUUAUUUAUUUUUCUCAUAUUUUUUUAAAUAAAUUUUAAAUAUUUUUUAAUUUUUUUGUAAAAUUAAAUCUUUUUAGUAUUUUUUUUUAUUUAUAUCUAUUUUUUUAAUUUUAAAUGUUUUUUAUUCUAUAAAUUAAAUUCAUACGCUUUCGUACAAAAUAUUACAUUCUCUUGGUUUAUAGCACUUGUCUGCAUAACAGGUUUCAGACAUGUAAAAGUUAAGUUAAAAAUUAGGCCACCAAAUCAUCACAUGUGCAGUUUUUUGUUUUUUCUUUUCUUUUGAAAAUAUAUUUUUUAAUUACAAAAAAUUGAAUUUUUUUAAAUUUGGGGAGUUUUAUUGGUACCACAAUGGACAGCGCCUGGCUGUCUAAGUGAGAUCUUCUGUCUUUGCAAAGAUCUGCCUACAAACCGAACCUAAAUUUAUUUUCAUUUUUAUAUUUUAAAAUUUUUUAAUUAAAAAAAAUUACUUUUUUUAUUUAAAAUUUAAAAUUUUUUAAUUUUUAUUUUUAAUUUAUCUUUAAUUUUUUCGACUUUAAAAAUAUUUUUUUAAUAUUUAAAAUGUAUUUUUUAAUUUUAAUUUUUAUUUUUUGCUUCCAAAAGUGUAUUUAUAUACAUACACACGCGCACAGCUGUCGAAAAAAAUAAUUAAAAACAAAAGAAUAUAUACAAAAAACAAAAAAAAAAAAUAAAAAAAAUGUUCGCUGCUUAUAAAUGUGUAAAUAAAGUUAACUACCUGAUUUUUUCGAAAAUUUUAAGCUAAAAAAUUUAAAAUAAAUGCAUACAAUAAGAGCGCUGUACACAAAAUUAUAUAUGUAUAUGUAUGUCAAAU